AUGGAGAUAGCUACAAAUCUCAACAAACAACAAAACUCAUCUCUCUCAUCAUCGUCUUUAGCCAUGGCAAAGGACUUGGAUGUGCAAGAGGGCGGAGCAACGGCGGCAAGAGACUACACAGAUCCGCCUCCAGCCCCAUUGUUCGACAUGGAGGAGCUUCGGAAGUGGUCGCUCUAUAGAGCCGUCAUAGCUGAGUUCGUGGCGACACUUCUCUUCCUUUACGUCUCAAUCCUCACCGUUAUCGGCUACAAAGCUCAGACCGAUGCAACCGCCGGAGGUGUUGAUUGCGGCGGCGUCGGGAUAUUGGGGAUUGCGUGGGCUUUCGGUGGAAUGAUCUUUGUUCUCGUUUACUGUACCGCCGGUGUCUCCGGUGGUCAUAUAAAUCCGGCUGUGACGGUGGGACUAUUCUUGGCUCGAAAAGUGUCAUUGGUCCGGACAGUUUUAUACAUUGUGGCUCAGUGCCUUGGUGCCAUCUGCGGUUGCGGUCUCGUCAAAGCACUCCAAAGUUCUUACUACGACAGAUAUGGAGGUGGAGCCAACGUGCUCGCCGACGGCUACAACAUAGGCACCGGACUCGGAGCGGAGAUCAUCGGAACAUUUGUCCUCGUCUACACCGUUUUCUCGGCCACCGAUCCCAAGCGCAGUGCACGUGACUCUCACAUUCCAGUUUUGGCGCCACUCCCCAUUGGUUUUGCCGUCUUCAUGGUUCACUUAGCCACCAUUCCCAUCACCGGAACCGGAAUCAACCCGGCCCGUAGCUUUGGAGCCGCAGUUAUCUACAACCAAGAAAAAGCCUGGGACGACCAAUGGAUUUUUUGGGUGGGACCGAUGAUUGGAGCAGCAGGUGCUGCGUUAUACCAUCAGUUUGUUCUAAGAGCAGCUGGGAUUAAAACUCUUGGCUCCUUUAGGAGCUCUGCUUAG